UCCCAGCAGCCGCGGGCAGGAGCGGGACCCCCCCGCCGCGCUCUCCCGCAGGGCCAUGGAGCAGCCCCGGCGCAUCACCGACUCCUUCCCGCGGCGGCGGAGACGACCGGGCCGAAUCCCGGGCGGGGUGAAGGGCAGGGACUGUCCCCGGGCCCGGCCCCGUGCCCCCCCGCCCUCCGAGGAGCCCCCGCCGUCCCCCCCGGACCAAGCUCUCCUGGAGAUGCUCAGGCGCUUCGACCUCGCCUGGGAGUACGGACCCUGCACCGGUAUCACCCGCCUGCAGCGGUGGGAGCGGGCGCAGGCGCUGGGGCUGAGCCCCCCGGGCCCCGUCCGUGACGCCCUCCUGGAACACUGGGACAACCCUGACGUCAUCUACAGCCUCUGGCACGAGUACGGGCUCUGAGCCGCUGCGCCCCACGCCGGAGGGAGGAUCGGGGGGGACACACGACGUGCCCGCUGCACCCCCCCCCACCCAGGCCUGUCCGCAGCCGUGCCGCAGCUCCGGGGCACCGGGCGGAUUAAAGACUGGUGUGAGUGAAGGAGGGGGGCUGCCGCGUGCUGUCUGGGGGGCAGCCGGGGUGGGGGGGGGUGAAGCCCCUCUGUAGGGUACUGGGAGAGGGCAGGGGCCUGUACCCCCCCCGCCCCGAGAGAGCCAGGCGGGUUGUCCAGUCACACAGUGUUUAAUGCCAGCCCUGGGAGCACCAGGGGUCUGUGCCACCCCACGGUGCCCCCACACAGUGCCCUCUGCCUCACAGAUCCCCUCUGCUCUGGAGCUGACUUGCAUGUGGUGGGCACGGUUAGCGGUGGGCGGGGGGGGGGGCGGCAGAUGGUCUGGAGGCAGGCAGGGGACCAUCAGUGGUGACCACCGCUGCCCGGGCAUCACCGGCUGUACCUCGGUGCCGGGGAGGCUGUAGGCCAGACACGCCGCUGGCUCCGUGUCUGGGGUGGGAAAGAAGGAUUUGAGUGCCAUGGGGUGCCCGCCGUGUCCCAUCUCCCCCCCCCGCCCCAGCCCAUGCCUGCCCCCACGUACCAGUGCCCCUGGGGAACAAGCCAGAGCGGGGAUGGGAGCUCUUCAUCAGCAGAACGCCUGGCGUGGGGUCUGGGGGUGCCACAGCCCUGGAAUGGGAGAGAUGGGGUGGGCAGGAUGGUGCCCAGGCAGGGUGCUGAGCCCUGCCUUCACCGGCAGGCAGAAGGAGAAAUCACUUGGGGGGGCGGUUCCUGGCAGGCACGACAGGCAGUGCUGCCAGACCUGGGGGCACAGCUGUCAGCACGUCCCCGUCCCUGGGGGUGCCCCCCCCGUGCCCCAUGGACACCAACCUGGCGGGAGGUGGGCAGCGUGCAUGGCAGCAGCAGGGGACACAGGUGGGAGGGUGGCACGGGGGGUCGGGGCGAUGAGCUGCAGUGACCGUUGGUGGGUGGCCCCCUUGGGUGGGGGCACCGGGGCUGGCACGGUGAAGGUGCCGGUGUCUUGGCAGUGACGAUGGAGAACACGAGGGCGAGAUGGGGUGGGAGAUGCAGGGCCGGGGGGGCAGGCAGGGGGGCUCACCCACAGCGGGGAGGUGGGGAAGAGGGGCAGGAAGGUCUGCUGCCCCCCUGGCGGCACGGGGGUCUCCAGCUCCAGGGGGAGGGCGAGGGGCAGCACCUCCUUGGCCCCCGCUGGCUCCUCUUUUAGGCUGGCACCCCACAGCAAGCGUGGCAGAGAGGGGACACAAGAAGGGACAAGGGAUGCCCCGCAGCAGGCUGAGGGGAGAGGAGAGGGGCCACGGGCUGCCCCCAGCACCACUCACCACAGGGCGAGUGCAGGGCAUCCAUGAAAUCCUCACCAAAGUUGCGAUGCAGCUGGCCAAGGGUGGGCUGGAUCACAUCCACGUUGCCAUGGUGAGCUGCAGGGUGGCAGGGAGUCAGUCGGGCAGCGUGGGCAUCGCCGAGGUGCCCCACAAGCAGAGGGGGUGGCACGGCCCCGUGCACCCAGGCUGCACGGGUUGGACCCCCCGUAGGGGUUGCAGCUGUAGAAGAUGGUGUCGGCCAGGUCCGAGAUCAGCCUCUCCAGGUCGUGCUGGGGGUCGAGCUCCAUGGGGCAGCUGCCCUCCAACUUGCCACUGGCCACCAGACCCUGCUGGGCACCGGGCACCCCUUGCCAGGCACAGAAAGGGUGAGAGAUGCUGGUGAGCCCAGAUCCAGAAGCCAGCGCUGCUGGGACUCCCAGUGGGACUGGCCAAGCUGGGAGAGGGGAGCCCUUCGGACAGAGAGCACGGGUGUAGACAUGGCGCUCGUACCCGAGAGGGCAACGCUGCUGGUUUGUCCUUCAUCUUCCGCACCUGGAGAAAAUCAAAGAGGAGCCAUGACGCGAGUUGCUGCCCAUCCGGCUGAUCGCAAGGCUGGCACAGAGAGGGCAGUGCCACCUGCCCCUUCCCGGACCAGGGCUGCCCAUAUCCCGGGAUAACACGAAGGAGGGAGAGGGGGUGGUGACAGCCAACGGGACUGGAGAGCCAGGGACAAAGGUGUCUCUGGGCUGGCAGGGGCUUGGCUGGCGCAUGCCAUCAUCGGUCAGUCUGGGUGGGGGCGUAUUGGGACCGUGGGUGGGGGUCGGAGGGGGGAAGCAGGGGAGUCAGGUGCCCACGUGUGUCCUUACCUGCGCGCACGAGUACAUCCUCCACUUGUGGUACUCCCGGGUGACAGCCUGGAUGUGGUGCUUCCAGUACUUGCCCUCCACCGUCCCCACCUGCAGCACACGGACACACGUCACCGUGAGUGUCCGGUGAGCACUGCCGCCCACCCGCAGUGCUGCCGAGGGGGCGGUGGGCUUAGUGCCUGUGGCCCCCAGGCCCAGACCACGAGCCCCACGAGGUCCUGUCCCGUGCAGAGUCCCUUGGCGUGACAUGCCACAGCACCCCACGGGAGGUGCAGUCCUGUCGGGGACUGGGGGGGGGCUGUGGGGGCUCACCUCUAGACCACAGUGUUCCUGCCUGUCCCUGGCCUCCAGCAGCGUCACGAAGUUGCAGGCGGGAUUCCUCCUCUCCUCCACAUCUGUGGGGAGAAGGGAAGAGGGAUGAUUUCACUGGUCUCUCCCACGCCUGGGUUGUGCCACCCUGGUGGGCACUAACGUGGAGCGCGGGAGAAAAGGGAUGGAUGGACGCUAGCAAAGCCACCCAUUCGUAGGUAACCACACCAGGAAUCCCAUAUAAAGCUGAGGUUACCUAGGUAGUAAUAGCAAAACCAUCAAAUUUGGAUUAUGGAUGAAACAAAACUGGGACCCAUGGAGAAAAAGUAAUUAGGAGCAGGCUGUUUGGGUGGAGAAAGGAAGAUAGAAGGGUAGCAAAAAGGGCCCAGAAAUGGAAAAAAUUGAGAGUAGGUCUUAAAAUCAGGUAAAGGUCAGCACAGGGGGGACGUUCUGAUAUUAGGGGUGCAGAUGACUGUGGAUUGUAGUGCUGGCGACCUGCAGAGCCAGGUGUGGCAGGGCACGGCCUCCCCCAGGCCAUUGGGACUCUGACGGGACCUCCCUCCCCCAGGCAGUGGGGAGGGAAGAGUGAUAGAGCUGUCACUCAACAACAGUCCUGUGGGAUUCACAAGAUUAAGAGCCAUAAUUAGUAGCUUUGCUGUGUGCAGAAUCAUUUAAUCAUAAAUUAAUAAUAGAUGUGUUUGUUAAUUAUUAGGUUAUUGAUUACUUAAUUUAUUAGCUCUCCAUGUUGCUUAAUCCAAUAAAAUGAAUCGGUUAUAUUCCCAA